AUGAACCGUCACCCACCGUCCAAUUAUGGGGAGGAGCCUCCCGCCUACUUGGACGAGACCUCCUCAUUCCUGUCCGACCCCGAAUCUCCCACAGCCGCGUCUCGCAAUGGCGCGACAAUGCGCUUGUUGCCCACCGUCGGUGAAAACGGCGAAUUGAGUGGCAGCCCCCGGGCCCCUUCCUAUCAACCAGACUAUGAUGAUUCUACUCCGCUCGGCCAGGCGGCUCAUUACGAUGAUCGCUUCUAUCAGGUCCCCAGCGCGGCUUCUCCUUCACGUCCACCUUCCAGUGUGGGCACUAUCCCGAAUAUCCCUCCUCCUACUGCUAGUUUAGCGGACACAUCGGUUUAUCCGUCAAUCCCCCCGCGAACGGGGUCUCCCACUCGCCCGUGGAGCCCGGGUCAUGUUCGCCCACCGUCCGUGUCGAGCGUCGGCUACGAACGUGCCGAUCUCAAUGGCAGCCCCCGACCCGGUACUCCCAGUUCACGAUAUGGCGGAAGUCCUCGGCGACCGUUGCCCCCUGCUCCUCUUUUCUCUGGUCCUGCGCCGUCCAUGGCAGACACUAGCAUUGAUAUUGGAGACGGAGUCGCUGGCGAAGAUCCAUUCGGUGGUGGUGGCCAGACCAUCAACCAUGGCUCUCGCUCCAGUGUUCGCUCGUUCAUGAGCGAGUCAACUGUCAUGGGCGACGAAAAGUAUGAGAUGGCCAAGGUUGAUCUGGACGAGGACGACGAUGAAUCCAUCAUGAUCGAUCCCAAUCUUCACUACGGGCCCGCGCCUGACAAGCAAAGCCGCCGAGGCGUUCGCUCUACUCAGAUGGUCAAGAAGGAGGUCCAGUUGAUCAACGGUGAGCUGAUCCUGGAGUGCAAGAUUCCCACCAUUCUGCACAGUUUCCUGCCUCGCCGUGAUGACCGCGAAUUCACCCACAUGCGAUACACUGCUGUGACUUCCGACCCUGAUGACUUCACCAACCGAGGAUACAAGCUUCGCCAGCAGAUUGGCAGCACGGCACGCGAGACUGAGCUUUUCAUCUGUAUCACCAUGUACAACGAAGACGAGAUCGGCUUUACCCGCACCAUGCACGGCGUCAUGCGGAAUAUUAGCCACUUCUGUCAGCGUACCAAGUCUCGUACCUGGGGUAAGGAUGGCUGGAAGAAGAUCGUCGUCUGUAUUGUUGCCGAUGGUCGUAAGAAGGUUCACCCGCGAACCCUCAACGCUCUCGCGGCUCUGGGUGUUUACCAAGAGGGCAUUGCCAAGAAUAUUGUCAACCAGAAACCCGUCACAGCGCACGUGUACGAGUACACAACCCAGGUGUCGCUGGACGCUGAUCUCAAGUUCAAGGGCGCUGAGAAGGGUAUCGUGCCCUGCCAGGUCAUCUUUUGUCUGAAGGAGCAGAAUCAGAAGAAGCUCAACUCUCACCGUUGGUUCUUCAAUGCUUUUGGUCGUGCUCUACAACCUAACAUUUGUAUCCUGCUUGAUGUCGGUACCAAGCCUGAGCCGGAUGCUUUGUACCACUUGUGGAAAGCGUUUGAUCAGGACUCCAAUGUUGCUGGUGCCGCGGGUGAGAUUAAGGCUGGCAAAGGGAAGCAUUGGCUUGGUCUUUUCAACCCCCUCGUCGCCAGUCAGAACUUCGAGUACAAGAUGUCCAACAUUCUCGAUAAGCCCCUUGAGUCUGUUUUCGGCUACAUUACUGUGUUGCCCGGUGCUCUCAGUGCCUACCGUUUCUUCGCUCUGCAGAACGAUGCCGAUGGACACGGCCCACUCAACCAGUACUUCAAGGGUGAGACUCUUCAUGGUCAGGAUGCCGAUGUCUUCACUGCCAACAUGUACCUGGCUGAGGACCGUAUUCUUUGCUGGGAGUUGGUGGCCAAACGAGAAGAAAGAUGGGUGUUGAAGUUUGUCAAGAGCGCUGUUGGAGAGACUGAUGUGCCCGAGACGGUGCCUGAGUUUAUUUCGCAGCGUCGCCGUUGGCUGAACGGUGCUUUCUUCGCUGCCGUGUACUCCAUCUUCAAUGCCAAGCAGAUUUGGAAGACGGAUCACACUAUUGCUCGCAAGGUCCUGCUGCACAUUGAGUUUGUGUACCAGUUUCUCAAUCUGUUGUUCACUUAUUUCGGUCUUGCAAACUUCUACCUCGCUUUCUACUUCAUCGCCGGUUCCCUUACCAACGAGAAGCUUGAUCCAUUUGGACACAACAUGGGCAAGUACAUCUUCAUCGUCCUCCGUUACGCCGUUGUCUUGGUCAUGUGUUUGCAAUUCAUCAUCUCUCUUGGUAAUCGACCUCAAGGUGCCAAAAACCUUUACCUCUCCGGUAUCAUCGUGUACGCCAUCGUCAUGUUCUACACCGUCUUCUGUGCUCUGUACCUCGUGGUGAAGGAGCUCCUAUCUCGCGUCGGGGCCGGCGACUCAUCAAUAGAGGUCUCCAACACCUUGAUGAUGAACAUCGUCUUAUCCAUGCUUUCUACCGUCGGCCUGUAUUUCUACACCUCCUUCCUCUACCUGGACCCAUGGCAUAUGUUCACCUCCUCCGCCCAAUACUUCCUCCUCAUGCCCAGCUACAUCUGCACCUUGCAAGUGUACGCCUUCUGCAACACCCACGAUGUAACUUGGGGAACAAAGGGCGACAACGUGCUGAACACCGAUCUUGGUGCCGCAAAGGUAAUCAACGGCACCACCGUGGUAAUGGAAAUGCCCUCCGAACAACUCGACAUCGACAGUGGCUACGAUGCCGCCCUUCGGAACCUCCGCGACCGCCUUGAAGUCCCCGAGCCUCCGAUUCCCGAGUCCCAGAUGCAGGAGGACUACUACCGUGCUGUGCGCACGUACAUGGUCUCCAUCUGGAUGGUCGCCAAUGUCAUCCUCGGCAUGGCCGUUUCAGAAAUCUACGGCGUCGACUCUGGCGGUACGAACAUCUACCUCGCUAUCAUUCUCUGGUCCGUCGCUGUCCUCGCUGCUAUUCGCGCAAUCGGCUCAACCACCUACGCUAUCCUCAACCUCGUCCAUAAGAUUGUCGAAGGAAAGACCAAGUUUGAGGCUGGAAACAUCACAAACUUCGCGCCUUCUUCCUAUGGGGGAAGUUCUACUGGCACAGCUUCUGAAGGAGGUGGUUCUUCGCGUCCUAUUCGGUACUCCGGCAAACCAUCCGUUAAGGACCGCAUUGCUGAGACCCGCUGGGCUGCGGGUCGGACUCUUGGGAAGGCCAUGUUCUGGCGCAAAUAA